UGGUAUUUUUCAAGAACCUUCAUAUCGGUCACAUCAGUUUAAUGUUUUGAUCACAACACAUUAUACCGGAGAUGUUACGAAAUGCUUGCUUAUUUUCCACGCAAUUGGCAAAAUGCGGUUUUCAAACAAACUUCUCCAUUCGAGGCAUGGCGGGCCAUUCAAAAUGGGCCAACAUUAAACAUACAAAAGCCCUGAAGGAUGGAGCAAGGGCCACUCUUUUCGCAAGACUUUCGAGGGCUAUCCGCAUGGCCAUUCAGGAAGGAAACUCCGCAGAUCCUGCGAUAAACUCCCUACUGAGGACCGAAAUUGAUCGGGCUUUGAAACAGAACAUGCCUAGCGGUACAAUACAAAACACGUUAGCCAAAUUCAAAACUAGUAAGGUUCAACUAAAGAAGUGCCGGUUUGACAUUCGUUACAAAAGAAACGUAUACUUGAUAUGUGUUCUUUAUACGGAUAAUUUUUCUGGAGUUAAGAUGGAUGCGACGGCGAUGAUAAAGAAAUCUGGAGGUGAAUUCAUGGAUGUUGGCCACCUGUUCGAGGAUUUUGGUUUAAUACAGGCCAAGUUUGAUACCUCGAAGCUCGUUGACGGAUCCAGUCUGGAAGAUAAAGCCACUAAUGAUGCAAUUGAGUUGGGUGCGGAAGAGAUUGAAGUUGUUGACAACCAACAAGGAGUAGUAAAUUUUUUAUGUAGUCCCAUUGUGUUAAAUAGUUUAGCAAAUAGCUUAUCUAAAGUUGGAUAUAACAUCGACAGUAGUGAACACAUCUACUCUCCAUUGAAUCCAGUGCAAUUGUCAGCAGAAGAACAAAAAGCCUACGAUGUCUUCAUAGAGAAACUAAGAAAUAUUCCAGGUUUAGAAGAUAUUUAUGACAAUGUUGAAUAAUUUUUUACUCUAA